CCAGAAAAGGUCGAAGAUCUCCAAUCUUUCAUAGGCCCUGGAGUGCCAUGUUGGUCAGCGACGUACCUAGAUAAGGUACUCCUAUUCCCCGGCCGACUUCGAGUGUGACGGCGGUGCAGCAAACCAUCUGCCGUGUUACAACCGCACACAGGCACGGUACUUCACUCAAACGCUGUGACCUCGACCCUCUCUGCCUCAAUCCCGCGGCCUUCUUCUAAGUCCCGGGACUCUUUGACCUAGUCAUCAGACUGAGCUUACACAACCUGAAGAUUUAUUUGCCCGGAGCUAAGCUCAAACAUUUUCCCUCGCUCAUUCUGAAAUCCCUUUCUCGGCAUCGCCACGGAAGAAGCAAGUCCUUACAUCUACGGCCUCUGCUGUGUUUGUACGACUUUGUAUUCCGCGUCGGCUAGCGAUUGCAGCAAACUUCUGACUACCAACUGCAUAAAGAUCUCCUGCCAUCACUCCUUCGGUCUCUUGCAGCCGAGGUCCGCCUUACAUCAGUGCCGCCAGCCUCGCGGAGACUCUCUACCGCCGAGUUCAUUAGAUCUUCCAAGACUGUACAAGUCUUCUUGAAGGCUCGAUCAACUGGCUUCGAAAACCUCUGAUUCCAUCACCAGCGCGCCAGUCAUCCCGUCAAAAGUUAAUAGUCUCGCACACCACUUGGCAUAAUCAUGUCUAGGUACUAUGAGCACGAGAUUAGGGAGGACCGCCCCCGCAGCCCAAGCCACCAUCGCCGCGAUGACCCCCCUCCCGUCACGAAGGAGUACUCCCCCGAGUACUACUCCGGCGGCGGCGCCGGUCCCAUUCAGGUAGUCUAUCCGGCCCGAGGCCCCGUGCCGAUCGCCAGCGGCCCUUACAUCUCGGGUGCCAUCCCCGUCGACGCUCCUCCUCCUCCAGUCCAUCCAUACUACCCUCCCGAGUCACCACUCUCUCCCCGUGACUCAAAUGCCCUACAGCUCCCGCCCCAACCCCGCUAUCGCCCACGCUCCCUCCCACCUCAAGCAUACGCAGUAGGCAGACCACGCUCGCGUUCACGCCCGCGAAGCCCUAUCGGCAAAGCCCGUCACGCGGUCGACCACGCCUUCACCCAGUCAUCCUCGGGCAUCGGCGUAGGCCUCCUAGGCGCCGUCGUCGGUGGCCUGGCAGCGCGCGAAGUCUCCGACGCCACCGUCCGAUCGCGGACUCGGAAGGAAAUGGAAAACGGCACAUACCGCCCGCGCUCGCCACGCGAGGCGGAGAAGGCGCGGGUGAUAUCCACCGUCGUCGGGGCUCUCGUGGGCGGUCUCGGCGCCAACGCCAUCGAGAGACGCUUCGAGGCUGCUCGUGAAAGGGAUAGAGAGCAGCAGCUGGCUUGGGAGAAGAAAUGGGGAAGGGGAAGAGAUCACGAGGUGGAUCAUGGCAGAGGGCGUCUGCGCAACCGGCAUCGAGACGAGUGGAAUGACGGAUACCCCGACUAUGGAUAUGAGGAUCGUCGUGGCGGAAGACUGCGAAGUGAGGAGCGCUAUUCGUACAGGAAUUGA